AUGUUCGUUGGUGCACCUUUCUACGGUGUUGGCAGCUUUGGUCCAUUCGACGAAGGACGUUUGCAGAGCCCACAGCGAGGCUUCCGAACGCGCACCCGUCGUGCGGGGCACUGCAGCGUACGCACGCUUGCGCUUCAGGCGAGCGGACCGCACAGAGCGCGCAGCUCGCGCAAGAAGACGAAACGGAGAGCAAGUCAAACCGAAGGAUCCACCGAAGAGUUUGAAAUAACGGAUAUACCUCUGAGCAACUUCAGCUUUAUUCAAGCGGACGGCAGUGUGGACUGGGAGCGGUUUGAAACCUUCUCCAGCCGCAGCUGGGAGGAGACCCAAACGGUAGUUCGGGAGGUACCAGAAGACCUUCCAUUAAACGCUGAUCCUGACGUGAUUCAGGCUAGUGACGAGCAAACGACGGAGCUAGGCGCUGGACCUGGUCCAGCGGCACUGACGCUGUCACGGGACGAGCUCCAGUCUCCGGGGAAGUAUGAGCGGAUUACGAGCCUAGGUGCGCUUGGCGUUAUCGCACGUGACGGCCUGGUCGAACCGCUGGAUACGGCCGCUCGAGCGUUGCGCGAGCAGGAACUCGUCUAUGUGACGUUCAGUGUCUCGCUUGAGCGAGACGGGGAUGCAUUUGUGCGAGGUCGUGUCCGCACUCGCUUUCGGAAUGAGAGCUGUGAUCGAUGUGCAACUCGCUUGGAGAUGGAGGUCCGCAGUUCGUUUGACGUUUGGAUGGCGUCUCGUGAGGACGCCGUUCCCAACGCCGAAGCCGGCGAUCCGCGCAUCGAGGAAGCCAUCGAGCCUUUCCAUGCUGGUAUUGAGGCGGUCGACUUUACCAAGCAUGUCCGGGAAGCCAUAUGGUUGGGCAUUCCCUCUCGGGUGCUUUGCGCAGACCAGCAGUUAUGUCGGACGCGGAUGCAGCAGAUAGGUUGGCAGUUUUCCGGCAACAGUGGGGACGCCACCAUCCAAAACUUUGGGCCUGACGACCUGGUGACUCGAAACCAGCAGCGGUCGCCAUCGGUAAUCCCUCAGAAAGAUGCCCGGAAAAGUUCAAAGAAAAAAGAGAUCCAACCAGGACAGCGACAACCGCAGACUACAACUCAGGCGAUGGCUGUCGACACACGAACACUGCGGAGCCUGGCAGCGCGCAACCCAGAAGCUGCCAAAAAGCUCUCCGAAAUACGAGAGCGCCUGCUCUCCGGUGAAAAUGAACAGCAGACGCCGCCCAGAUCGCCGUCGUCGGAGGGCCCUCAUGAGUCACACCCUAGAAUAUGA